AGCAGUCGAUGGCCCAUCGAGUAUAGCAGACGAAGUUGUAGUUGCUCUCCUCCGAGAACCCUCGCCGCCGCCACCCACCGGAGCUCCGGUUUGCAGUUCUUCGCUGAAGGCCAUGGAUCACGACAGGCCCUUACAUGGUGAUUGGUGAUGGUGGUGAUUGAACCUUGUUACUUGUUAGCAACUGGCAAGAGUGAUUGCGAUUGAAUUUGCCGAGCACGUCGGCUAUUUCGCUGGAGGUGAUGGGCCACCAGCUACAUAUUUCACAGGAUCCAAACUCCAAGCACCAUGGGACCACGGUCUGGGAUGCAUCAAUGGUGUUUGUCAAGUUUUUGGAAAAGAAUAGCAGAAAAGGUCGCUUUUGUCCGUCCAAACUAAAAGGAAAGAGAGUGAUUGAAUUGGGAGCUGGCUGCGGUCUAGCUGGGUUCGGAAUGGCCUUGUUGGGUGGUGAUGUUACAACAACUGACCAAGCCGAGGUGCUCCCACUGCUUAUGAGAAAUGUUGAACGGAACAGAUCUUGGAUCUCACAAUCGAACCCCGACUCAGUUCUGACAGAUAUAUUGGCAAACACAAAAACAGAUUCCGUUGGCUCAAUUACAGUUGCAGAAUUGGACUGGGGGAACAAAGAACAUAUCAAGGCCGUUGAACCUCCAUUUGAUUACAUUGUAGGAACUGACGUUGUUUAUUCGGAGCAUCUGUUGCAACCUCUAAUGGAGACGAUUACUGCAUUAUCUGGUCCUAAAACAAAAAUAUUGCUAGGGUACGAGAUCCGUUCGACAACUGUCCAUGAGAAGAUGAUGGAAAUGUGGAAAAGCAAUUUCAUUGUGAAAACGGUCUCUAGAUCGAAGAUGGAUGUGAAAUAUCAGCAUCCUAGCAUACAUCUCUACAUGAUGGACCUGAAGGCACCAUUGAUCCCUGAGGUUGAGGCUGCCGACAAUGGGAACUACGAGGAAGAGGUUGAGGUUGCUGUGAAUCAAGAGGAAGACGAAGAUCCUGGAGUGAAGAGCGAAUCUUGUUCCGGCUCGUCACCAGAGGCUAAGAGCGGCAGUCUGGAUGAUUGGGAAAUCAGAAGGUGUGGGGCUAUGGCUGCAAGGCUUCUGAAGGAUGUGAAACUGUAAACAUGAAUCCUAGAGAUCGUUUUCCCCCCUUGUCAGAGAACUCUAGAGCUCCUUUAUGUUGUUGUCCUUGAUAGUUGUUGUACUGCCCAUGGCAGUCUAUGUUAUUGUAUCUUAUUGCAUCAGUGGAUAUUGAUACCAUUCCAAAAGAAAAAGGAAGUUUCUCUA